UCCGACGGGGGUGCGGCUCCAGGAAACGGCGCGCUCGCUGCCCCGAGCUCCGGCCAAGCCGGCGCGCCCCGCAAGACUCCGCCGACUGCCUGGAACCCCCGGAAGGUUCCCCCUUAGCGGCCGGCUGCUGGGAGCGCGGCCCCGGGUCCAAACCUUGGAUACCUCGGCCUAGGACGGGGCGGGCAGUGCGGAAAGCAACCCCGGAGGCCAUGGGGACGUGGCCCGGGCCAAUGGUCGCGGGCUAGCUGUCACCCGGAUCUGAGAAGGUGCCGGCCGCGCUGCAGGGGCCAUGACAUCGGUGUGGAAGCGCCUGCAGCGCGUGGGCAAGCGGGCUGCCAAGUUCCAGUUCGUGGCAUGUUACCAUGAGCUGGUGCUUGAGUGUACCAAGAAAUGGCAGCCCGACAAGCUCGUGGUGGUGUGGACCCGCCGGAACCGACGUAUCUGCUCCAAGCCCCACAGCUGGCAGCCUGGCAUCCAGAACCCGUACCGGGGCACGGUGGUGUGGAUGGUGCCCGAGAAUGUGGACGUCUCUGUGACUCUGUACAGGGACCCCCAUGUGGACCACUAUGAGGCUAAAGAGUGGACCUUUGUUAUUGAGAAUGAGUCCAAGGGGCAGCGGAAGGUGCUGGCCACAGUCGAGGUGGACCUGGCCCGCCAUGCAGGGCCUGUGCCCGCGCAGGUCCCGCUGCGGCUGCAGUUGAAGCCCAAGUCGGUGAAGGUGGUGCAGGCUGAGCUGAGCCUCACGCUGUCGGGGGUCCUGCUGCGGGAGGGCCGUGCCACGGAUGAUGACAUGCAGAGUCUCGCCAGCCUCCUGAGCGUGAAACCCAGUGAUGUGGGCAACCUGGACGACUUUGCUGAGAGUGAUGAAGAUGAGGGCAGUGGCCCAGGGGUCCCUGAGUCCCGGGCAGCCCGAGGCCUCCAGCCAGGUCCUUCUCGGGAGCUGAAGGCCCUUUCAGAGGAGGAAGAGGAGGGCCAGGUGCAGAACCGACAGGCAGCUGCCAGUGCUCCUGGCACUGAGGACACCCGCCCAGCCCCUGUGAGUGUCCCUGCACCCCCAGCCAGGGCCUCCCGGGGCCAGGCACAGCCUGAGGCUCCCAGGUGCCUGGCCACACCAGCAGAGAUGAGGUCUUGCAGGCAGCCCGGCGGGGAUGCAGCCCCCACCCCAGCCCCCCGGCUCCGGAGAGGCUCUGACACCCCCCGCCCCUCGGCCCCUCAGGGGGAGGAAGCCGGGGUGCCCCCAGCAGGAACAGGCCCUUCCGGGGAGAUGCAGGCCCCAGCCAGCGCUGAGGAAGGGGCAGAGGCCCAGGGAGUCGGGCUGGAACAUCCUCCGGUCACCAAGGGUGGAGGCUGCGGGGACCCUUCGGGAGGACCCAGCUGCAAAGCAGAAGCAGGGGCUGCCCCUGCUGUGGUCAGCUCCAGCCAGUCCCUGCUGGAGUGGUGCCAGGAAGUCACCACUGGCUACCGUGGCGUGCGUGUCACCAACUUCACCACCUCCUGGCGGAAUGGCUUGGCCUUCUGUGCCAUCCUGCACCACUUUCACCCAGAUAAGAUCGACUACGACGCCCUGGACCCCCUCAACAUCAAGCAGAACAAUAAGCAGGCCUUCGACGGCUUCGCCGCGCUGGGCGUGUCUCGGCUGCUGGAGCCAGCGGAUAUGGUGCUGCUGGCCGUGCCGGACAAACUCAUCGUCAUGACGUACCUGUGCCAGAUCCGCGCCUUCUGCACCGGCCAGGAAUUGCAACUGGUGCAGCUGCAGGGCGGCGGCGGCGCGGGCACAUACCGCGUGGGCAGCGUCCAGCCGAGCCCGCCAGACGACCUGGACGCCGGAGGCCUGGCGCAGCGGCUGCGUGGCCACGGGGCCGAGGUGCCCAAGGACUCUGCAGCCGGCGUGGCUCACAAGGUGACUCCUGCCAAGGGUGCGGACACCCAGGCUGAGGCCACCCGCGAAGUGAGACCCACUGAACUCCCCACCGAUGGCCCUGCAGCGGGGGCCCCGGGCGGUGUGAGGCUGAGGAGGCCGUCGGUCAACGGGGAGGCUGGGCCAGUGCCCCCGCCACGCGCCCACGGCUCCUUCUCGCAUGUGCGCGAUGCGGACUUACUGAAGAAGAGGCGUUCGCGACUGCGUAAUAGCAGUUCCUUCUCGGUGGACGAUCCUGACCCUGGAGCCCCGGUCCCCGCACCCGCAGAAGUCCCAAGCCCUGACCCCAGUGCUGCCCCUGGCCCCUCUGGUCCCCCAACAGCCCCAGCCCCUCAGCAGCCCCCCACUGUGAGUCCCCCCCAGGAAGAGGCACCCCCAAACCUGGGGGAGGACGCUGGGCUGCAAAGGUUCCAGGACACGAGUCAGUACGUGUGUGCCGAGCUGCAGGCCCUGGAGCAGGAGCAGCGGCAGAUUGACAGCCGUGCGGCCGAGGUGGAGACGCAACUGAGGGCCCUCAUGGAGUCAGGGGCCGACCGGCUGCAGGAGGAGCUGCUGAUCCAGGAGUGGUUCACGCUGGUCAACAAGAAGAACGCGCUUAUCCGGCGCCAGGACCAGCUGCAGCUGCUCAUUGAGGAGCAGGACUUGGAGCGGAGGUUUGAGCUGCUGAGCCGGGAGCUGCGGGCCAUGCUGGCCAUCGAAGACUGGCAGAAAACGGCGGCGCAGCAACAUCGGGAGCAGCUGCUGCUGGAGGAGUUGGUGUCGCUGGUGAACCAGCGCGACGAGCUGGUCCGGGACCUGGACCACAAGGAGCGCAUCGCCCUGGAGGAAGACGCGCGCCUGGAGCGUGGCCUGGAGCAGCGGCGCCGCAAGCUGAGCCGCCAGCUGAGCCGGCGUGAGCGCUGCGUGCUGAGCUGAGUCUGCAGCCCCGGUCUGCGCGCCCAGCCGGGCCCUAUUUAUUUGCCUGAGU